GCUACGAUUCUUGCCUGCGUGCGGACAGUCCUGCUGACUUCUUGAGCCUGCCCUGGGAAUGUGCUAAUGUGGAGAUGUGGUGUAUUUAUCACGUUAAAGGCACGAACAGUUAGAAGAGACGAGCAAAAAUGGCUCGCUUCAGAGAUGACAAUUACCGCAACUGGCUUAAAACUACAGAGACUCUCAACACACUGAGAGUAGGACUUCGUUCUUUCCUUGAAAACGAAACCGAAACUUAUCACAGCUCCCUUCAGCAGAAACUCGGCAACAGAUUGAAAGGGGCUACCUGUCAAAAUAAAUGUGAUGGAAAGCAAAACAAGAAACCUUCCUGUGAAGUCUGUACCCCAUGGACUAAGGAAAUAUUGGCCAAUCACACUUGUGCAAAAGGUAUUGUUUACUGGAAAAACUGCUUUCCACAUCUGUGGCCUAAAAACAAAUGGGAGGUGGCUAAGGUGUACAUGCCCCAGGGUCAUCGAGAGCAUGCCAUCUAUGAUCAUUUUGAUAUUGCUGCCUUACUCAACCUCAUGGGCCAUUGUACUCACUUCAGCAAAUUUAUUAAGGACCAACACACUAGCAAGGUAAUUAAUGUAAGAAACUGUGUGAUGCAUUCCCCUGACUUCACAAUGAGCCAGCAGGACUUUCAGCAGCACUUGGAGAAGAUCAAAGGCUUUGCCCGCCUCUUGGACAAACAUGCUCAUGAGCUGAAGACGUUGCCCAGUGAGAUUGAGAAGAUAAUUGAUACAGUGGAUAAUGGGUUAGCACCAGUCCUCCAGCAGCAUGGUACAGAAGGAAAUCAAAAGAAUCAUUCUGAUGCACUGCAACAGAAAUGUAUGGAGAUGGAGCAAAAAGCCCUGAAAGAGAAGAUUGAGUUUUUGACUCUACGAUAUGAAGAGGGCCAGGAUGGUGUUCAAGCGGAGAUUGAAGGCAUCAAGACCUUUCUUCAGAAGAACAAGGACCUGAAGGAGAAGCUUGCUCCACAGCUGGAACAACUCCAGAAGAGGGUGGACGAGCACGACAAGCAGAUCAACAUGCUGAACGAGCGUGUCGACCAGCUGGAGGAGAAGGUCACUGGUCAAGGACCUAAGAAAGACCCUCUCUUCAGUAUGAAUCCAAUGAAAUAUAAGAACUACGUUUUUGAAUGGGCACGGAAAUAUGGCUGGCCUGAGCCUGUGUUUACUGAGAGUUGUGAGGGAGAUGGCUACAGGGGCCACCUAACGGUGAAUGGACUUACAUUUACUGGAGAGCAAGCGUGCCCGAGUAAGAAGCUAGCGCAUCAAGAGGUUGCUAAAAAGGCCCUGGAGCACCUGCAGACCUUAGCCCCCAGUGCUGAAGUCCAUACUGGAGAAGAACAGCAGAUGAAGCAUCCAGUUGAGCCCUCAGAAAGCAACACCUCUGAGGGAUGUGUUUCAGGGCAAGACCUAGUGAAAACUGCAACCCAGUACUAUUAUGGAAGUGUGAUAGUGGUUCUGGACACUGAAGUUGCUUCUGAAGAAGGAUGUGGUCAAGAAAAGGAGGCCAUUGAUGCUACCUAUGGAAGAUUGGCCCAUCUUUUUGGACUAGAUGAAGCCAAAACCGGUGGGACACACAGGUCCUCAAAACAAGGCUUGGUUCUGGAGCAUUUUCAGGAGCGUGGAUUCCCUCCACCAAAAGAGAACAGCAGCAAAGGUCCUGAUGAGAAGUUUUACUGCAAGCUGAAAUUGUGUGGGGCUUUUACCUUUCAUGACCAAGAAGGAUCCACCAAAAAGAGGCAGGCAGAACAGCAGGCUGCUAAAACGGCCCUCCAGCAGCUCUCAAGGGUCCUGAACUGGACGGCCAGUGGAGAAAACUACAAAGGUGACCUAAAGGAGAGACUGGAGGCCCAGGGUCUGGGUCAGCCAUCUUAUGACGUCACUAAGAGGGAGAACCUACCUGGUGGGGAACGUGGACGCUCAGUGGCCUCGGUUGGCUGUGAGUCUGCUGGGAGUAGUAGCAUGAAUGUACCACCAGGAGGCAGCAGUGCUCCAAACUCUAUAGAUCAACCGUCAGCAGCAGAACUCAAAACACAGCCCACAAAGCAAGACCCUGUUGUUGCAGCUCCAGGGAUCCCUACCGCUGGUCCACAGGUCCUAGUAAAUGAACCGUCUGUAAGCAUGGAGGUGUGCAGCACAGAGACAGACAGACAACUGGAGGAGAUGGACGUGUCCCCAUCCAGAGUCUCAGCCAAUGGCACCCAACCAACACCUGUCAAGGAAGAGUCAGCAAGUACCUCAGCAGAAGGCACCCGGUACUAUGGAAGUGUGACUGUGGUCUUGGACAUUGAGCUUCAGGACCAGGAGGGGCAGCUUCAGGAGGAAGGCGCCAUAGAGUCUGCCUACAGGAAAUUAGCCGAAAAAAUUGGCAUUGAAACUAAACCAGGUUCAUCCAGAGCUAUGGUCCAUAUGUAUUUUGAGACAUCUGGCUACCCAUUACCUGUGGAAAAUGUGCAGAGAUGCAUAGAUGACCAGAUCAGAUGUAGUCUCAAACUCUGUGGGUCCUUCACCUUUGUAGACCAAGAGGGGUCGACCAAAAAGAAGCAGGCAGAACAGCAGGCUGCUAAAACGGCCCUCCAGCAGCUGUCAAGGGUCCUGAACUGGACGGCCAGUGGAGAAAACUACAAAGGUGACCUAAAGGAGAGACUGGAGGCCCAGGGUCUGGGUCAGCCAUCUUAUGACGUCACUAAGAGGGAGAACCUACCUGGUGGUGAACGUGGACGCUCAGUGGCCUUGGUUGGCUGUGAGUCUGCUGGGAGUAGUAGCAUGAAUGUACCACCAGGAGGCAGCAGCGCUCCAAACUCCAUAGAUCAACCGUCAGCAGCAGAAUUCAAACCACAGCCCACAAAGCCAGACCCUGUUGUUGUAGCUCCAGUGAUCCCUACCGCUGGCCCUAGCACAUCACCUGUGCAGAGAAAACAAGCCAAAUUGCAAUUUCAAGGUACCUGCCAAGGUGGAGAGGUGGAGAGGUUACUGGCAGUGUGGGGUCUGCUGCCCCCUGUGGUCACAUGUGAGAAGUACAGCAUGGAGCAGAGAUUCACGUGCAGUGUGAGCAUUCAGCUGGAUCGAUACACUUUCCGGAGUCCUGGCUGCUGCAGGACCAAAAAGGAGGCCAGUCGUAAAGCCUUCCAUUCAUUGGCCCUCGCCACCGGGAUAUGCCGGCCUGGAGCAGACGAGACCCGUUCAACCCAAGAAGUCAAACAGUACUUUGCCCAAAGGUCCCUCCCCUGUCCUAUAGAGGAGUUUAGUGGAAAGGAGAAUGCCUUUUCCUGCUCACUGACUAAUGUGUCGUACAGUUUGGUCUAUAACGGACAAGGUUCAUCAGAGGGAAAUGCUCGCCAGACUGCCUUCCAGGACGCUCUCACCAAACUCAGCCGCCUCUUCGGCCUCUCGGGGAUCCCAGGGGCUCAGGACGAAGCUGACGAGCAGGUGACCGCUCUGCUGGAGAUGGCCGGCCAGGGCGAGCCUGCAUAUUCCCUAAAAGCCCAGCAGUACAAGGCCUCCAUUCAGCUGAAGUUCACUGACUACCACCUGGAGCACAAGAGCAACACCAAUAAGAAGCAGGCGCGGAAUUAUCUCAGCGAACGCAUUCUCAAGAUGUUCGGUGUGGAUACAGACGCAAGCACCAGCGGGUCCCUGAGAAACUCCCUAGAUGAGUGGUGCAAGCAGGAGAAACUUCCAGGGCCAAAGUUUGAGGAAAUGAAAGAGCCGCAUGGAGUCCGGGUGACCUUUUCGGCUCCUUUCUCCUGCUCUAGUCCAGACUGGGAGGACAGCUGGCAGCAGGCCGAACAGAGCCUGCUUCAGGAGCUGACUGCACGCCUCAGCUGGAACAAAGAGGAUGGAAGCAGAAGUGGCAGCUCAAGUCUGUAAACUGUGGCGUGUCAGUCACCUGUCUCAACGCUGUGCCAGUACAGCACAGCCGUCUCCAUUGGCCUCUGGAGCCUAACGUGAAAUAGGAAGUUAGUUACAGGGACUCUGGGCUGGUUUCUGCUGUACAGUAUAUGGCCUUGCACGGUGUAGUGCUGCUUUGCUGUUGAUGUUUAGGAUGUAAUCUUUUGUCUUUUGACUUUUAGCUAGUAAACUCACUAGUUUUAUACACAAACUCUUUAUAUUUUUUCUAACUCUAUUCACUCUAUGAGGCUACAUCAUGUUUUUACGGGCAAACGAAUCACUGAUGAUGCAAAGUGUUGAGCUACAAAGUUAAAAUCAUUUCGGCUUUUGAGGCGAGGAGUGUCAGAUGAUGAGGAAAUUGCCAUAUAUGUGAACAAAGUUUGGGAUGUUGUGCAAUUGCCAUUGUGACUAAGUGAGAACUUGGUGAUAUGAAAUUCUGUAUCAUUUUAAUGUGGUGUUCGAGUCUCCAACAUGAUUAGAAUCCUGUAGUUUGUCUUUCUAUUGUAUUUUAUUGUAAUUGAAACCAAAUGACUGUGUACAUCAGGCUUCACUGUAGAAUCAUGAAUUCCUUGCUGUGUCUGCUCUUGUGUAUCAUCAGUUUUGUGUGUAUGUGUGUGCUUGUGUGGGUGUGUACGUCUGUGUGUGUGUGGGGGCGGGUGUGUGUGCGCACGCAUAUGCGUGCGUGUGUGUGUGUGUGUCUGUCUGAGUGAGUGAGUGAGUGAGUGUGUGAGAUGGGUGUGGGUUGGUGUGUGUCAUUGCAUUUGUAGCAAUUUGUCUCCAGCUUUUGGAUGUGUGCUGUUUAACCACUUCCUGAAGAAAACAGUCACUUCUAGCAGGUGCAAAGUUGACUCUAAACAAUAGGCACUGUCUUGAGAGUGGGAAGGUAUGAAAUGAAAUUAACAAUGAAUUAAUAGUUGUGCUUCAUGUGUCUCAUUAUCAAUGUUGAUAAAUAAAUCCUGAAAUGUACACUCACACACCCAGCUCUCUAUUUAU